UCCACGGCAAGCAUAACCAUUGUCCGCAGGUGGUCGAUUUAGAUUUUCUUUUCGUCGUCUGCGUUUGUCCUCGGCAGCAGAUUUUCUUUUGGUCUCAAAUGUGUGUAUAUAUAUAUAUAUAUGGCUCCUUUUGUCUCGAAAUGCAAUGGAUGCGCCCAGAUAAUAUUCCUGGAGUCGGCAGUAACAAUCUGUUAGGUGAUCACCAUGGUCCUAUUAAAGACUUGGAUCUCAACAGAACAAGAUCCCUUAACAGAUUAGAACAAAGUGGAAGGACUUAUAAAGACAUAGGGUACAUACUAACAGACAAAAAUGAAAUGCCUGGACACAUAGAGUCGUUGCACAUGAAACUAAAAGAAGCGCAGGACCAGAUCAAAAGCUUGGACAUUCUCCUCACUGGGGGCCAACAAACAAAAGGAUAUAUUGGAAAAAGAAUAUAAAGUCUUGGAACAGAAGUUGUCUUCAGGUAACAAAAACCUGAAAGAGCUAGAAAGUGAAAAGAACAAAUUAAACAAAGCCAUUUCAGAAUUGCAGAAGGAAAAUACAGAUUUGGAAAGCAAAAGAACAUGAGAGCCAUGCUAUUUCUGCUCAGCUGGAAAAGGAAAAGAACAUUGUAAAGAAUCUACAGAAAGAAUGCUCGUCACUUCAGUCUUAUGUCUGUAAACUUCAGAAUGAGGUGAGAGAACUAGAAUCUGAGAAAAUCAAAUUAGCCAAAAUCAUUUCAAAGUUGGAAAACACUAAAGCUAAUUUGGAGAAAGAUAGGGAUGCCAUCUCUUCUUGUUUGAAUGAGGAAAAAGAAAGGUAUAAGAAAGAAUGUGCCACUUUGAUGUCAACAAUAACACAGUUGCAAAGGGAGGGGAAAAUCUAUGAUGAGGAAAACAAUAAAAUGGACAGAACAAUCCAAGAGCUAGUGACAAUGAAUGCCAGUCUAGAGAAAACUAAAGAUAUCAUUGCUACUCAGCUUGAAGCCGAGAGAGACAACUCACAGAAAGAGUUAAAAUCAUCCAUAUCAGUAUUACUAGAGGAAUCAGAGGCAGAGAAAGUCAAGUUAAGCAAUAGAAUAAUAAGGUUACAGAAAGAGACAUUAGAAUUGGGAAAGAAAUUAGAAAAUACUGAGCAAGAGUUUCAAUCUGUUUCAUCCCAACUUUUGGAAGAAAAGAGUUAAGUCAGCACUAUCAAAGAAGAAUGCUCAGCAAUGAAUUUUACCCUUUUAAAAAUGGAGAAUGAAAUAGCAGAUUUGAAAACUGAAAAAAUUAAUUUAGUCCAAGGUUUAUCAGAGUUAGAAAACGUUAGAGCUAGUCUUGAGAAAGACAAAAAUGCCCUCUCUUCAUGCAUAGAGGAGGAAAGAGAAAAGUCUAAAAAAGAAUGUUCAGUUUUUAUGUCAUUAAUAACAGAACUAAAACAGAAACUUGAACAUUUUCACUCGGAAGUGGUUCAAUUAAAAAUAUCAAUUGAUGAGCUAGAGAAACAAAAUGCUAGCUUAGAGAAUGAUAAGAAAGCUAUUUCUUCCCAAUGGGAAUUCGAAAGAGACAAAUCACAGAUUGCACUUGAAGAAUCAGAGGCAGAGAAAGAGAAAUUGAAUGCUAUGAUAUCAGAGGUACAGAAAGUGUCAUUGGAGUUGGAAAAGAAAUUAGAAGAUUCAGUACAAAAGUGUCAAGCGAUUUCUUCUGAACUGAAGGAAGAAAAGAUCUCAGUCAGCACUUUCAAAGAGGAGUACUCAUUGAUGAAGUUAGCUGUUUCAUCAAUGGAAACUGAAUUAGCAGAUCUAAAAGCUGAAAGAACAACUUUAGUUCAGACUAUGUCAGAAUUAGAAAAUGCUAGAAUCUGCCUUUCUUCUCGCCUUGAUGAGGAGAGAGGCAUGUCAAAGAAAGACUUAUCGAUUUUAAUGUCAUCAGUUGUAGAGCUAAAAAAUGAUAUUGAAUAUUUUCAAGUGGAAAAAAAUCAUUUAAAUGAAACCAUCAAUGAGUUAAAGAUGAAAAACACUGGGUUAGAAGACGAUAGAAAAGCCUUGUCUUGCCAGCUGGAAGAUGAAAAACACUGGGUUAGAAGACGAUAG